CGAGGGCUUGAAACUAACCGCAAGUCUGUAACCAUACCCAGUUCCCAGCUGCCGAGAUAAGGGAACCAAGUAUUAACAAUGCGGGAACUUUUAAGAUAAGAAAUCACCUUCUUAAAUGGAGCACGCUCUGCACGCCCUCUCCUUUCCCUCCUUUUCUAAGACGAUUAGGGAUUUCAAGCAUAAUUCUUGCCCGUUGAGAGAUGGAAAGUCACAAGAACCAGGAAGAAAAACAUUGACGGUAUCUUCUGCUCUACCAGAAACAGCUGCCUCUGUGGCAAUUGCUGCCACGGUUGUGGGUGCAGCAGCUACCUUUCUUGUAAGGCGAACUAAGGCUUCUGAGACACCUGAGAUACCCAUGAAAGUUUGUGAAGAUUGUGGCGGUUCUGGUAUAUGUGCCGAAUGCAAGGGUGAAGGGUUUGUGCUUAAGAAAUUGUCUGAGGACAGUGCAGAGAGGGCAAGAAUGGCAGCAAAAAAUAUGGCUACUCGAUACACAGCAGGGCUUCCAAAGAAAUGGAGCUACUGUACAAAGUGUUCUUCUGCCCGAUCCUGUAGUACGUGUGCUGGUCGUGGAAAGUUAAGCUACUAGUUCUAAGAUCUUGGUGUUUUUAAUUAAGAAGCCCUUAUCCUCGACGAAUUGUAGAAAGAUAUUAACAUUGGUUGACAUUCAAGAUACGAGAUGCUUCAUUUUUUGGAUCUUUCUUUCUAGUAAGUAUUUCUGUUCUUCAAAUCAACGGUGAUGUAUAUGUUAGAAACAAAUAGAAACAUAGAUUGAAAAUGGCAAAAUAGUGAGGCAAUUGUUAAUCU